AUGAACCCCUCAAACCCGCAGCAGGAGGGAGCAAUUUCGCUCGCCCAGCUCCAGGCAAACCCCAAGCUACACAGCGAAGCAGACGAGCAGACCCAGAUCCGCAUGGAAAAAUGCAUCGUCGAAGAGCUGCUUCAGACCUACUACUCCGGCCCUCGCUACCGUACCGUCCUCGACGACGAACCCCCAACUAUCGGCUACCAGGGCAUCAGCCCCGUCGGGCACAUCACCACUGUCGACACCCUAUCUGCCGCAAACGUUGCUCUGUACCGAGUCGAGAUAACUGAUGUGCCGGCUGCUGUCGGCUCUGGUAGAGCGCCGGGAACCAUACUUUCCCUCUUUCUCUACGUGCACGCUGGGGAUCCGUAUACCGCAAAUACACUGGUACAGUACUUGAAGCUUCUCAUGAAGAAGAUGGACGAGGACGGUCAUUUCUUGAAGCCGGGUGCGGCCUGGGCGAUGUUAUCAUGGGGUCUCAAGCUCAUGUUCUUUGAGUAUGGGGGAGGAACUCUCAAGAGUGUUGGGCUUGGAGACCUUCCGAGGAAGGCUACUGGGUCGACCUCGCCAGUGAAUGCGGAUGUGGACUGA